AAAUCUUCAUUAUUUUUUUACAUAAAUUUUAAAUGGGCAAUAAACCUCCUCCUCCUCCUCAACCACCUAAGACUGUUAAGGGUAUAAAUAUUAAUAUGUAUAACAAUUAGAAAUGGUCAAAGAAUUCUCAAGAACAAUUAGAAAAUUGUAAAGAGAUUUUAAUAGAGAAAUAAUGAGAAUGGAAAUGUAGAGCAAAAAACUCAAAACUGAUCUAGAAAAAGCUAUUAAAGCAAAAGAACCAAAGGUAAUUCAUUUUUAUAUUAUUUUAGGCAACAUAAAGAAUGUUUGCAGCAAAUUUAUUACGGAAUCAGCAAUAUAUUCAAAAAUAUUAAAGACUUGAUGCUUAAAUGAAUGAUGUUAUGUUCUAGUAAUUAUAAAGCAUUUAAUUUUAAUAUAGAUUAAAUUCAGCAGCAACGACCGAAACAUUAGUAUAAGUAAUGACAGGAAUGUCAAAGAUGAUGAAACAAGCAAAUUCAGCUAUUGAUGUUAAGAAUGUUUAAUAGGCUAUUGAGAUGUUUUCAAUAGAGAGUGAAAAAUAGAAUUUCUUGUAAGGUAAACUUAAGAUUUAUUUAUUAGAGUAAAUUGGAGAAAUUAUGAAUGAAGAAGCAGAUGAGUAUAAUGAUGAAAAUGCUGAUAAAUAUAUCUAAGAAGUUGAAUCUAAAUUAGCUGGAGCUGGUACUGGUGGUGGAGGAUAAAAAAUGAUGAAUAUGAAUCAACCAAUCUAACAAUAACAAUAGCCACAACAAUAACAAAACCCUUAAGAGAAUUUGGAUGAUUUAGAUGCCAAACUUAAAGCAUUAUGAGAUUUAUAUUAUUAUCUAAAAUAUUACAAUCA